CAUGUUGUCUUACCUGUUAUCACGGAGAACAGUAAUUAUAGCAGCCGACACUGCCAGCCGUCUGUCACUCAGCUCGUGUGGUCACUGGCUGAGCUUUAGAACGUCGACAUCAAAGUCUGGCAAACCCUUGACCGACAGCGGUAAAGUUGAUUAGAUUGUUGGGCUAGUAGCCUACCUUGUAUUUUGUUGGCUAGGCUACGCUCUAGCUUCAAAUACUGCAGACCCAGUUAUGAGGGUUUUGACUGCCUCUUCUAGUAAGGAGCCUAUGUGUAUAUUUGUAGCCUGCUUUGUAACCGUUCAACAAUGGAUGGUAUUGGGAACAGGUCGAUAGGCCAACCACCUGUGUGACUAGAAGCCUCUGAACUGUUACACUGUAUAAAGGGCCCAGGCUUUUUAGAAUUCAAUGGCGAAUUGUGUUUUACAUGACAGGAUAAACUUGUUUCAGCGAUGGAUGACUCAGUUGUGUCCUAUGAGCAGUUGAAGAAUAUGCUGUCCAGACGCAACAUUCAGUUGUUUGAUGUCCGCAAUCCCGAUGAAUAUCUCGCUGGAAGAAUUCCUGACUCUGUGAACAUACCAUUGGGUGACCUGGAGGAAUCUCUGAAUCUGUCCCCUGAGCACUUUAAGCAGACCUUUGAGGUACCUGCUCCACUGAAAGACGCUGACAAUAUCGUUUUUCACUGCAAGAGUGGAAACAGGAGUGGUAAAGCCUUGGACAUUGCCUAUAAUCUGGGCUUCACUAGAGCAAGACAUUAUAAAGGGGGCUACAGCGAGUGGGUGGAACGAGAGGACAAAUGAGGCACAUAUAUCCAACCGGCUUUUUCAGGGAGGUUUGUUUUGUUCCUGUAACAGAUACUGCAAGAUCAGUUAAUACUUCCUCUGAUAUAUCUUUGAGUUACGUUUAUAACUGCUUACUGAUUUUGACCAAACGUGUUUGCUUGGUACUGAAAGAGUUGAAUGCAAUCGAGUGGUUUAGGAUACUAUUAAACCUGACUUGUGCAAUAGGUUUGACCUGAAGAUAUGAAAUAUUUGUAAUAUUACUGUCCUCUGUGUUCUGAAGUUACUGAGAAAAUGUACGGCUCUGCAUGUGAAUGAGGGUUGAUUUUUGAUCAUUAAAUUUUGAAACUCAAAAUCUAA